AUGGCUUCUUCUGGCCAGGGUCUUAAUGCUCAACAGCAAAUGAUUGGGUACAACGAAUGGAUUGGUGGACAAAGCCAGUUUCAGGACAUGCACACGUUUCACCCUUCUUACAUGUUCAAUGCACCAGAGGUCACUAAUGAGUACAACCUUCUUGGUGACUUUUUGAGCAAUAGCCUCUUGGAUGAUGGAGGAGUAUUCCAGAACGAUGAACUGCAGGGAAUCUACUCGGACCCGUCGUUACUCAAUUCCAUGGCGACUCUGGGAAAUUCGAAUCAAAGCCUUCUUCAGCAGUCCCAACCUGCGCAACCUCAACCGAAUCAACAGGCCCAGGGCGAGCCUUUACAAGGGCCUACGCCUGCAGUGAGCAAUGAUAAGGCGAGAGAGACCUAUUACAUGACCGCAGCAGAUCCAUCAGGGUCCGACCCGCCAGAGGAGCGGAUGAACAAGCUUCUCAAAGCGAAAUACGACGCGGGACUUCUUCGCCCAUUUAACUACGUCAAGGGUUAUGCCAGGCUGAAUCAAUAUAUGGAGCGACACUUGCAACAAGCCUCGCGGCAGAAGAUCCUCCGACAAUUAGAUAAAUUCCGGCCAAAGUUCCGGGAGCGAAUGCAGAGCCUGACCGACAUUGAGCUCAUCCUCGUGGAGAUGUGGUUCGAAAGAAGCUUGAUGGAAUAUGAUCGAGUUUUUGCUAGUAUGGCCAUUCCUGCCUGUUGCUGGAGACGAACGGGUGAAAUAUUCCGUGGCAACAAAGAAAUGGCAGAGUUGAUCGGCGUACCAAUCGAGACUCUCCGAGACGGAAAGCUUGCAAUCCACGAGAUCAUCGUGGAAGAUCAGCUAGUGAGCUAUUGGGAGAAAUUCGGAGCUAUUGCUUUUGAUAACACGCAAAAAGCCAUGCUCACAAGCUGCACCCUAAAGAAUCCCAACUCCAACUCCCCCGGAGAUGGGAUCCCCUGUUGCUUCUCGUUUACUAUUCGAAGAGAUACCCAUAACAUCCCAUCACUCAUUAUUGGGAAUUUCCUGCCGUCACAGCGAAAGGCCAAAUAA